AGGUUCGCUACUACUACUAUACUCAAAUCUUUCUCCAUGAAGAUACCAAAUCUUAUAACCACGUGUAAAUCCUUUCAAAUAUAAAUGACUCCAUACUUCCAUUUUUUUGACACGGAUAUUAUUCUUACAAGUAGAACAUGGACAUAAUAAAUACUUACUUGUUCUUGCUUCCGGUUGACUUUGAACCACCCCCAUGAAUUCUUGAAUACCACGUGCGUAUUCCUCCGUAAGUAAAUUUGUAUUUGGAUCCAUAUGAGGUUGAUCUAACCAAGAACGGAAAUUAUAAGGAGUACCCAUAAUUUAUAUUGUUUUGUUGUGAUUUGAAUGAAUGAAGGAGAGGUCGUAUUUAUAAUGAAUCUGGAAAACUUCCCGACGGAAAAUAUUCGUCGGUAUUCCGUCGGGAAUGAUAACGGCUAAAUUAACGUCCAGAACCCGUCGGUGUUCCGUCGGUAAUUUAAACGGAUACUAACGGCUACAUAAUUCGUCGGUAUUUCGUCGGGAAGUGCAACGGCUGCAAAUUCGUCGGUAUUCCGUCGGGAAGUGAAACGGCUGUUCAAUCCGACGGUAUUUUGUCGGUAUGUGUCAAUUUUUUGCAACGGUCAUAUUUUUGUCAGAUUUUUGUCGUUUUUCUGUCGGGAUCGUAUGACCAAAUACCGACGAAAGUAUUCUGUCAGGAUUUUCCGACAAAGUUCCGACGAAUUUGCCGAAGUAGAUUUCCGACAAGUUUUCGUCGGAAUUCCGUUGGAAAAUCCUGACAGAUUUUUUCGGUCGGUUUUUCCGUCGGUAUUGUCCGUGUUUUCUUGUAGUGAUUCUACGGAAUAUAUUUCUCAAAACAAAAUUAAUACGAAAUAAAAUUUCAUAAAACUAACAUAGACACAAUUUAGAACAUCUUUCGUAUAAGUUACUUCGGAACAUUUUUCACGAAAUAACUUUUGUGAAACAAAACGACACAGAUUUUACCAGAUUUUACCAGAUUUUACGAAACAACUUUUGUAAAACAAAAUGAUACAGUUUUUACGAAACAACUUUCAUAUAAAAAACUCGACGUUUUACGAAAUAACAUUAGAAACUGAAUGGGGUUACACGGAACAACCAACGGAAGACAAGAAGAGACAACAGUGAACCUGCUCGCCCUGACCACGUGCUCGCCCAUUUGCCAUCGUCCGGACGUCCUUGCCCGUUUGAUCCCGUUCAGUCCACUCAUCCUUCGUUCCUAGUCGCCACUAGUCCUUCCCUCUCCUCCUAGUCCUUAAGUCUUCGCCUGUUCGUCCCCGUCCACUCCUCCUCACCACUUCUCUAAAUUUAUAGUAAAUCGGAAAGUUGGCCAACCUUGGAGAACUAAAUGAAGAAGAGGUCAAGACAAGAGAAAAGAGAGAUACAUUGACCAUGAAUUCUUAGACUCCACAUGUUCUGCAUCCGGAUUUAGCCUUAGAGAACUUAGUUUUUAGGUGGUUUAGUGUAGCAAAUCUAGUAUUAAACGCAAUAUUGCCAUGAUUUGUUGUUUUAUUCUUUGUAUCUGGUUAUUUGACGAAUUUUGCGAAAGCAUUUCAAUCUCUUGUAUAAAACGAACUAUGUUUGGCUUGAUCUUUGAAAAGGGGUACUUAGGUAGCUUUUCAUAAAAUUCAGUCUAAAAUCAAUAAAAACUCUUCACACAUUUUUCUGUCUUUUCGAUUUGUUGUGUUUGUGUGAUUAUCACAGAAACUAUGGUUCCCCAAAAAUUAUGUUAUUACAAAUUUUGAUUACACGAGUUUCUCGUCUCCCAAAGUUUUCAACAGGCAUUUGUUUUUUCAUGAAAUUGGAUACAGAUCCUAUUUAAAUUGGUUUUAGAAACCAUGGCCCGCAGCUCAAAAGUAUUGGAAGAAGCAUGGAUCAGAAGUCUUAGUAAACCGAAAGCUUCAAAUGACUCUUUACAAGGAAUAUCCAAAGUAAUGGAGUAGUGGGUUCAAUGAUUGAGUCUUUCUUAUACGUUAACACGAAUCUCCACAAGGACUAGUAAAUGAAAGGCUUCUAAAUAUUAUUGGUGAAUGCUAACAAUGUAUAAAAUAUAUACUCUCCGAGUUUAUUUGUCACUUUCACUCUUGACUUGGCCUUUCAACAUAUCCAAGUCUCCCAUGCAUUUUGUAUUUGUAAAUCUUUAUUUUACAUUUUCUUUAAACUUAAUUCCCUUUCUUUAUUAAAGAAAAAGAAUAAGUUUAUUUAGUAGACACAAACAUAAAGACUUCAAAUCAAAAUGCAAAUUUGCAUUUCAAGAUUGUAUGUCUUAACUGAAUUUUAAUCCAAAUGUUUACUUCAUUGAAAUUAACAAAAUGCUUAUAUCUUUCUUGCUGGAGAUGGAAAGACUCGUCCGGUUCUUACUGUUUAACAAGUAAAUGAAAUCUGAUCUCUUUGCAUUUAAUUGAAAUUUAAUGUUAUCAACUAGCAACAAACUCGAUAAUCCAUUCAGACUAAUUGGUUCUGAGCUUACAAAAAGUCCUUAUCCAGGAUUCGUAUCUGUAGGGUUAACGGAGACUAGUCUGAAGUCCAGUGUUCUCACCAAAGUGUGAAAAAGAGACCUUUCUUUCAUUUCUUUGUUUAAUAAACAGAGGACCUUUGUCUAGCAAAGCAAGGCCUUGUAGAGGGUGAAGCCUUAAUGGCCAUCACCUAACUCUUCCUAUGAUAUUAAUUAAGCUGUGUUUCCUUCUGAAGAAUUUUCUUUUACUGUUACUCUUCCUCAUUUCUCCAAGAAACAGAAGGAAUUAUACUUUAAACAAAAUGAUGGAUACUCCAGCACUAGGGUGUUGUUUUGUAACUUUGUUCAUGUUCCUGUUUCAUAAUUUUCCUUGUGCACUAAGCAACCAAGCUUUCUUGUCAUGCGACUCUGUUUUUGAGUGUGGAAACCUCAGCGCAACAUUCCCCUUCUGGGGAGAGAAUCGUGGUGAGCCUUGUGGCCAUCCAUUAUUGAAGCUUAGCUGCGACAGAGUUUCUAACAAAACCUCUAUAAAUAUCUCCAACAUCUUUUUCAAUGUUCUUCACAUAGACAACACAUUCAAAACUCUUAAACUUGUAAGACAAGAUUAUUCACCUUCCUUCUGCUCUUCUCUAUCAUUUACUCCUUUAUACUCUACUUUCUCUUUCUCGAGAGAGAAAGAAAGAGGAUGGGGGGAGGGCAACACAAUCUCUCCUCCUAAAAUCUUUCAGCGAUCCCCAAAUUACAAGAACCUCAUCGUUUUCUCUAACUGUGACCCUCGCUUUCAUUACCUUGAGAACUUCACUUGUUCAAAUGGAGGGACUGGUUCAGUGUAUCACGAUGAACAUUACUACCAGUCUUGUCGAACAAUCUCCAAUGUUAUUGUUCCUGCAGGUUUCAUACCUGAGAAAGAAGCCAGGAAUUUGGGAAAUGUAUUGAGAGAAGGAUUCGAAGUGAAGCUGAAGAUCAACGACAGACCAUGUAAACAUUGUUUAAAAACCGGUGGGUUUUGCAGUUUCGACAAGUUUGCAAAUCAGUUUUGCUGCAAAGAAGACUUUUCUUUUUAUCCUAACAGGAUAAAGGAGUUCUCCGGUUCUUUACUUGGAUUCAAAUGCAUGAAAACAAGUUCUGGUGAACUCCCAAAGUCUUCGGCUGGAGCUGAUCCAACUAGCUUUAAUUAUCCCUUGACAGGUUCUAGAGUGUUAAUCCUCAUUAUAUGUUUGACAUUAUUGAUUCUAUCAAUGCUCAUAUACUUUCUGAACAAGAUAGAAGCAUUAGAACAUCCAAGAAUAGAGAAUUUUGAGGAACUUAUACCGCUGAAACGAUAUAACUACGCUGAGGUGAAGGAAAUCACAAACUCGUUCGCUCAAGAAAUCGGGAGAGGGGGAUAUGGAAUUGUAUAUGAAGGAAACCUUUGUGAAGGGCUCAAGGUUGCAGUAAAGGUCUUAAAAGAAUCAAAGAAGAAUGGUGAAGAUUUCAUUAACGAAGUGGCGAGUAUGAGCAGAACAUCCUAUAUCCAUAUUGUUUCUCUGCUAGGCUUCUGCUAUGAAGGGUCCAAAAGAGCAAUUAUAUAUGAAUUUGUAGAGAAUGGUUCACUCGAUAAGUUCAUAACGAGCCAGCCCUCACUGCGCAUUGACAUGGGAAAGAUGUAUGAUAUUGCACUCGGAGUUGCAAGAGGCCUUCAGUACUUGCACUAUGCUUGCAAGACAAGGAUUGUUCAUUUCGACAUAAAACCACAGAACAUACUGUUGGGAAAAGAUCUCUGUCCCAAGAUUUCUGAUUUUGGACUCGCCAGGCUCUGUGGGAGUCAAGAAAGUAUCUUGUGGAUGUCAGAGACAAGAGGGACCAUCGGGUACAUCGCACCCGAAGUGUUUUCAAGAAUCUACGGGAGAGUCUCUCACAAGUCAGAUGUGUAUAGUUAUGGAAUGUUGGUACUUGAAAUGAUGGGAGCAAGAAAUAGGAACUCUGUAUCAGACAACAACAGUAGUUCAAUGUAUUUCCCAGAUUGGAUCUAUAAAAGUCUUGAAAAGGGAGAUUGUAAAAGGUUUCUAGAAGAUCAGAUAACAGAAGACGAAGAUGACGAGUUUGCAAGGAAGAUGAUUCUUGUUGGAUUGUCAUGUAUUCAAGCAUGCCCAUCAGAUCGCCCAUCGAUGAACAGAGUUGUUGAAAUGAUGGAGGGAAGCUUAAGUGCUCUUGAGGCUCCUCCUAAGUAUCUUUUGCAUUUAUCUGCAUCUCCUAUGCCUCCAUCUGUACCUGAAGAUAAAAAUUCAAUCUCCUCCGAGGAAAGUGCAUAAGUUUCAUCACAAAUUUAUGUCUUACUCCAACUUCUAUGUGCCUAAAAAUAUAGCGUAUGUGCACGUCCGUCUGUCAAACACUUGUACCAAAUAUCAAGUAGAUGUAAAUUAUUAUUUGGUGUGUAAAAUGACAUUAUGUAUAAUUUGAUGAUAAAAGCAUUAAUGAUUUGUAA